CUCUCUCUACCUCUCUCUUCCGCACCAGCAUUCGCGCAUCCCUCUUCUUUCCACCAUGCUCUACCUCGUUGGACUCGGCUUGGCCGACGAAAAGGACAUCACCGUCAAGGGUCUUGAGAUUGUCAAGAAGGCCGAGCGCGUCUACCUCGAGGCCUACACGGCCAUCCUGCUGGUCGAGAAAGAGCAACUGGAAGCCUACUAUGGCCGGUCCGUCGAGAUCGCCGACCGCGAAAUGGUCGAGUCGUCCAGCGACACGAUCCUGGCCGACGCCGACAAGGUCGACGUCGCCUUCCUCGUCGUCGGAGACCCGUUCGGUGCCACGACGCAUACGGACCUGAUCCUCCGCGCCCGUGAGCUGGGCAUCCCUACCCAGGCCGUGCCCAAUGCCAGUAUCAUGACCGGAAUCGGCUGCACCGGCCUGCAGCUCUACAACUUCGGCCAGACCAUCAGCAUGGUCUUCUUCACCGACAACUGGCGCCCCUCGUCGUGGUACGAGAAGAUUGUCGAGAACGCGAACAUCGGCCUGCACACCCUCGUCCUGCUCGACAUCAAGGUCAAGGAACCGAACCUCGAGAUGCUGGCUCGGGGCAAGAUCCGGUACGAGCCGCCGCGCUACAUGACGGUCGCGCAGUGCGCGCAGCAGAUGAUUGAGAUUGAGGAAGAGAAGGGCCUGGGUGUUUGCGCAAAGGAUGCCCUCGCUGUGGGUGUCGCGCGCGUGGGUGCGCAGGACCAAAACAUUGUUGCUGGCACGCUGGAGCAGUUGGCCGAGGCGGACCUGGGCCGUCCGCUCCACAGCCUGGUCCUGAUUGGCAAGAACACGCACGAUCUGGAGAGGGACUACCUCCGCGCGUUUGCCGUGGACCAGAAGGUGUUUGACGAGGCAUGGGCAAAAAACCACGGUUCGCAAUGAUGACAUGCUAUUUAGAGCUCUGCGUAGAAAGUAAAUAAAUACAUGUACCUGC